GGAGAGGCAGUAGUUCCCUUACGAGACGCUCUAUCUAAGAACAGUAAAAGAGGGUUCUUUACAGGGUUUCGCCACUCUAGGAUGCAGUAGUCUUUGACCCACCGUCUGAGAGGCCUGGGGAGCGCGGGAAUUUUUGGCGGGAAGGAUUUGCCUCAGAAGGCCUGAAGGAGCGGAGCCCCCUCCCCCUCUGAAACCGGAAAUGGGGCGGGGCGAGUGAGUGGGGGGGAAGGUCCGCUGUGAGCUAAGGCGGCAUCGGAGGGGAUUUCAGCCGUUCGGGCUGCGCUGAAGCCCGAGACCGAAUGGAGGCCCGGGGGUGUCCCCUUCAGGCGGGGAGCGGCCUCUCCGAGGGCCCCCGCAGCUGCGAGGCUGAGCGCUGGCGCUUCCGCAGCUGCGGCUUCCGGAAGGCCGAGGGGCCGCGGGCGCUUUGCAGCCGCCUGCACCGGCUAUGCCGGGGGUGGCUGCGGCCCGAGCGGAGCAGCAAAGCCGAGAUGCUGGACCUGGUGGUGCUGGAGCAGCUGCUGGCCCUGCUGCCCCCGGAGUUGGCGGGCUGGCUGAGGGAGUGCGGGGCGGAGAACUGCGCCCAGGCGGUGGCCCUGGCCGAAGGCUGCCUCCUCGGCCCCGCAGCCGCCCCGGAGCCCGGAAAGGGGCGGCAGUUGCAGGAGCCAUUCAUUGAGGAGAUCUCAGCAGAGCUCCAGGAAAGAGGAGAUCCAUCCAAUGAUUCUGAAGAGCUUCUUUUCAGGAGGAUCCAACAGGGACUACCUUGCCAGGGCUCUGAUCCCUUUGAGGUGGUUGCUGUGGACUUCACAGAGGAGGAGUGGGCACUGCUGGAUUCUAGCCAGAAGGCCUUCUGCAGGGAAGUCAUGCUGGAGGUUACUAUGAAUAUGGCUGCUCUGGGUGGUGGUGAUGGGCUGGAGAAUGAGAAGCAGCGGAGGUUAUUUAAACCACAAUAUGCAGUGUCUUCAAAGAGCCAAAGUGAAUUCUGUACAAGUCGUAAUCUGAUGGACCAUCAGAAGAUCCCCUCAAAUGACAAAACAUAUAGCUGCAUGGAGUUUGGAAAGAGCUUAAGUGAGAGUAGUGAUAUUAAUUGCCAUCAAAGGAUUGACACAGAGGACAGACCCUAUAAAUGCAUGGUGUGUGAAAAGAGGUUUAUUGACAAAUGGCACCUUACUUUCCACCUAAGGAUGCACGAAGCGGAAAAACCAUAUAAAUGCAUGGAGUGUGGGAAAAGCUUUUGUCAGAACUCAGACCUUAAUUGUCAUAAGAGGAUCCACACUGGGGAGAGACCAUAUAAAUGCAUACAGUGUGGAAAAGCAUUUGCUCGCAAAAAUAAUCUUACUUGUCAUGAAAGAAUCCACACAGGGGAAAAACCAUUUCAAUGUACAGAAUGUGGAAAGAGCUUUGCUCAGAAAGUACAGCUUAAAUCUCAUAACAGAAUCCACACUGGGGACAGACCAUAUAAAUGCAUGGAAUUGGGGAAGAGAUUCACUGAAAGUAGUGAUAUUAAUUGCCAUCAAAGGAUUGACACAGAGGACCGACCAUAUAAAUGCAUGGAGUGUGAAAAGAGCUUUAUUGACAAAUGGCACCUUACUUUCCACCUAAGGAUGCAUGAAGCGGAAAGACCAUAUAAAUGCAUACAGUGUGGAAAAACAUUUACUCGGAAAUAUUAUCUCAUUAAUCAUGAAAGAAUCCACACAGGGGAAAAACCAUUUCAAUGUACAGAAUGUGGAAAGAGCUUUGCUCAGAAAGGACAGCUUAAAUCUCAUAGCAGAAUCCACACUGGGGACAGACCAUAUAAAUGCAUGGAGUUUGGAAAGAGAUUCACUGAAAGUAAUGAUAUUAAUUGCCAUCAAAGGAUUGACACAGAGGACAGAUCAUAUAAAUGCAUGGAGUGUGAAAAGAGCUUUAUUGACAAAUGGCACCUUAGUUUCCACCUAAGGAUGCAUGAAGCGGAAAGACCAUAUAAAUGCAUGGAGUGUGGAAAAAGCUUUUGUCAGAACUCAGGACUUAAUAGUCAUAAGAGGAUCCACACUGGGGAGAGACCAUAUAAAUGCAUACAGUGUGGAAAAGCAUUUACUCACAAAAAUAGUCUUACUUGUCAUGAAAGAAUCCACACAGGGGAAAAACCAUUUCAAUGUGCAGAAUGUGGAAAAAGCUUUGCUCGGACAGGACAACUUAAUUCUCAUAAAAGGACCCACACAGAAGAGAGACCAUAUAAAUGCAUGUAGUGUGGAGAAAACU